UUCAUAAAACAUAUUCAUCUGACCAGCUCUGACCUGUGAAUGAACUCCCAUGAAUAUGAAAAGUAGGCUAGGCCACAUCGAUCAUAUGAUGUAGCCUAAUAUUCAGCAAAUUGUCAAUAAUUUGCCCAGUUGUAAAAUACUACCAACGGCUUUUGGAUUUGCAUAGAGCAGUUACAGAACGUCCUCUUCAAAAUGGAAUCAUAUCUCUCACACACAAGGGCAAAACAGUAACCGAUACACGUCCCUGCUGGAGAUGAUGACUAAAACGAAUAGCCUGCGUAGACUACAAACAAGAGGAGAGCGCGUGCCACUAACUUCCUCACAAUUUCUCAAACUCUCAGAGAACAUAGAGGGGUAUAAUAUAUCGAAACAACAGCGUGGUGAUAUCGAGAAAUUAUUGUAUAACCUAGAUACAUUAUUUUAUCGAAGUCAUCGUCACCUUGCAGUUUCCAGUUUCUACUGCGCGCGAAUUCACAGAAGAUAGUUUAAGUGAAUACUUUUCAGGUUACUUUGUCUCAGGACCAAGUAUGCAGGUGUUGGGCCAGAGCCUGGGUCCAGUAUCUCCUGUCACGAGUCAGUCCUACACCUCUGUGCCUCUGGUACCACACCCCCAACCCCCACAAGGCCUGGUGGUACCGUACACAGAUACCAGGUCCUUGUUCUCCAGAGACUCCCUGGCAUCCACCACCCUGAGCCUAGCAGAGACCCACUCAGUUCUGAGUGGCAGACAGGAGUGGCCCUAUGGCUACCGGGUCCUUCCUCCACUCUGCCCACAACAGGGUUCCACCAAGGCCAGCAAGGGGGGUGAGCUUCUCAGCCUGCCCCCUGGCACUGCCAUAUCUGGGGGCACCAGCAUCUCCAACUCUGCCUCCCUGCCCUCCAACCUGUUUGGGGGAGAUGCCAACAGCCCCCGGCAGUACUCAGCCCACUCCAAAAAGAGGGCCCUUUCCAUCUCACCUCUGUCAGACGGCUAUGGCCUUGACUUCAACUCCAUCAUCCGUACCUCGCCCACCUCGCUGGUGGCUUACAUCGAUGGCUCCCGGAGCUCUCCGACCUCCCAUCACACCCUUUCACCCCUCCAGCCUGAGGUCUAUGGCCACUUCCUGGGGGUGAGAGGGAGCUGUAUCCCCUAUCCUCAGACUCCAGGCCUCCUCAGCCUCACAGCCGCCACGCUCGCUCUGACCCCACUGAGUGACCCCCAACUUGAAUUGGAGUGUGGCCGCAUGCAGAGGCUGGAGCAGGGCAGGACGCUGGAGAGCCAGAUGGCUAACAUGGUGGUGGAGCAGCAGUGUCUCCCAGAGGAGGGAAGAACACCACAGAGGGCUGCCAGUAACACUAAUGACCUGGUGCCAUCUCUACACUUUCAGCUUGAGUUGGCCACCAUCAUCAGAUCAGAUAGUCCACCGCAGGGCCCCCCACCUCCUUACCACUCUCACUACCAGCACCGCCACCUCCAAAGACCUCCUAGCCACAUCCAGGGUCAGCCCCAGUCCCAGGGCCCUGUCUCUCAGCCCCCCCCAGCUCCCCCUGGGCAUGGGACCAGCCUCGUGCCACAUCCCCUGUCCCUCUUCCCCAUGCUGGAGGAGGGGGAGCUGGAGGACUACAGUGGGGGGCACUGCUGCCGCUGGGUGGACUGCAGUGCUGUGUAUGACCAAAAGGAGGAGCUGGUUAGGCACAUAGAGAAGCGCCAUGUGGACCAGCGGAAGGGCGAAGACUUCACCUGCUUCUGGGCGGUGUGUCCACGCAGGUUCAAGCCGUUCAAUGCCCGCUACAAACUCCUCAUCCACAUGAGAGUCCACUCUGGAGAGAAGCCCAACAAGUGCACGGGGGUUCCCUUCCUGACUGUCUCUCCUGUCUACUGUGAGUCAACCAGCCAGGGAAAUAGACAUCUUGAAUUUGAGGGCUGUCAGAAGGCUUUCUCUCGGCUGGAGAACAUGAAGAUCCACCUGCGCAGCCACACUGGAGAGAAGCCUUAUAUAUGCCAGCACCCCGGCUGUCACAAAGCCUUCAGCAACUCCAGUGACCGAGCCAAGCAUCAGCGCACACACCUGGACACGAAGCCGUACGCGUGUCAGAUCCCUGGUUGUGUAAAGCGCUACACUGACCCAAGCUCCCUGCGCAAGCACAUCAAAUCCCAUUCCUCCAAAGAGAGGCAGUUGAGGAAGAAGCUGAGGUCAUCUAUUGACAUGAGCCAAGAGGCAUUAACGGACUGUCUAACCAUCCAACCCCUGCUACCCAGCCUCUCUCCUCUGGACAUGAUUAACAGCAAGCUGGGCCAAUCACCAAUACCUUCCCUAGAUCUCUACACAGAUCUGCUGACCAGUGGGCAGUCUAGCCACUGUGUGUCUCUAUCCAUCCCUUUCCCUCCAGCUGUUCCACAGGGCCAACCCUCCUCAAACAGCUCACACCUGCCUCUGCUGCGCCCCCAGCAGGACAGUUAUAGGUUUGUUGAUAGGUCCACCCACCAACUCAACCCCGGGUCCCACCAACACCAACUGCCUGGCCCCUCCAGUUCUCACACUCACCAUCCUACUGUCUUAUCCCCAAAGACCAGCACACCCCUGAAUCAUCCCAGUCACACUCCUGUAGUAAACACAGACCAACACCCAGGUUUUAGUGGUCAGAUCCAGAUGGUGUACUCUCCAUUAUACAAUAAUGGUACACAUAAAUCCACCAAGCAGACAAACUCCUGUCACCUGAUGGAGAUCCCAGAGUUUGAUGAUAGCCUUUCUCCAACAUUCACAACUCAGAACAGACUAGACAUCUCCCAAAGAGCUCUGUCUGGGCUCACAGUAUAUGCCCUGCAGGGUGCAUCACAGGAUCUGCUUGUUAACCCAGUGCCAGUGAUGUCAGAGGACGCUUAUUUACAUGUCAGUGCAGUGGACCGUUGCCCUAGCCAGCUCUCCUGUAUCUACACUGAGGGGUGACGUCAGCAAAUCUACCUCUUUUAUAAAACAGAUACUCUGUAAUACAACUCGUACAACAACUAUAUUGUUCUUCAGCUACAUGUUCCUUGACAUUGACCUGAGUGUGAUGCCCAUCUUGGGUGAGAACUGUAGACAAGAGGGGACAUUUAGUAGCUUUAAUUAAAUAGGCAAAAUGAACAUGUCCACAUCACUUAUUAACUGAUAUUAGUCAAUGAACAUUGUUUUCAUCAUGGCAAGUCAUGAUAAUUCUGACACCUUUAGAUGUUGUCUUCACUCAAGUAAGUAUCAUCAGAUCUCAGAGUCUAAGCCCACGAUGAAAGUGCCUCCUAAAGAUUGUAUACUGAAAACAAAUCGCAGUUCUGUGGAUGCCAAUGAUAUUGAGAUUUGGAGGAUGUUUUUAUGUUUACAUUAUUUGAAUGCAUUUGUACAGUUAUAUCAAACUAUUGUCCCCCCUUUAUGGAUUUACACAAUGUAAAUACCAUAAGAAGCACAUUGAAGGCAUAUGUGUGUUCUUUUUCAAAUGGGUGUUGUUCUUCGUAGCAUAUGUAUUCAUAUCAUGAAACAGAAUGUCCUACGAUAAAUCAAAUAUAUUUUUGUGCGAAUAUGUUGAGGAAUCUGACUUGAAUUGGUUUUUUUUUUUUAUAAAAAAAUGUAUGAUGAAG